AAAAUCUUCGGCCAGCACCAUGUCGACGCCCACCAAGUACCUCGCCGUCUCGAACGCGCCGCCGAUCUACAACAGCAAGGAGGAGCUCAACGCGUACUUUGGCCAGUUUGGCGGCUGCUACGUGGCCGAGACGCUCAUCGCGGCCCACCACCAGCUCAUCGACGAGUACGUCAAGGCGACGCAGGACCCGUCGUUCCGCGAAGAGCUCGAGAAGCUCGGCCGCGACUACAUUGGCCGCCCGACGCCGCUGUACCUCGCGAAGCGGCUGACUGCGCUCGCCGGCGGCGCCGACAUCUACCUCAAGCGCGAAGACCUCGCGCACACGGGCGCGCACAAGAUCAACAACGCGAUCGGCCAGGCCGUGUUGGCGAGACGCCUCGGGAAGCGCCGCAUCAUCGCCGAGACUGGCGCGGGGCAGCAUGGUGUGGCGACCGCGACGGCGUGUGCGCUCCUGGACCUGGACUGCACCGUGUACAUGGGCUACGAAGACACGCAGCGCCAAUCCCUCAACGUCUUUCGCAUGAAGAUGCUCGGCGCCAAAGUCGUAGCUGUCAAGUCGGGCUCCAUGACGCUCAAGGACGCCGUGAACGAAGCGCUGCGCGACUGGGUCGCCAACGUCGACUCGACGCACUACAUCAUUGGGUCUGCGAUCGGCCCGCACCCGUUCCCGACCAUCGUGCGUGACUUCCAGACGAUCAUCGGCCGCGAAAUCAAGGCGCAGCUCAAUGAAGAGAUCGGGCGCCUCCCGGAUGCGAUUGUGGCGUGCGUCGGUGGCGGCAGCAACGCCAUCGGUAUGUUCCACCCGUUCGCCAAGGACAACGACGUGGCUAUCUACGGCGUCGAGGCCGGCGGCGAAGGCGUCGACACGGGUCGCCACUCGUCGACGAUUGUCGGCGGCCGCGUCGGUGUCCUCCACGGCACCAAGACGUACGUCAUGCAAGACGACGCCGGGCAGGUCAUCGAGACGCACAGUGUGUCGGCGGGUCUCGACUACGCUGGCGUCGGGCCCGAGCACGCCUUCCUCAAGGACUCGGGCCGCGCCACGUACGUCAGCAUCACAGACAAGGAGGCGCUGGAAGGCUUCCAAAUCUGCUGCAAGCAGGAAGGCAUUAUCCCCGCCCUCGAGAGCUCCCACGCGAUUUCGUACGGUCUCAAGCUGGCCGCCGAACUCGGCCCGGGCAAGGUCAUCGUUAUCAACGUCAGUGGCCGCGGCGACAAGGACAUGCUGCAAGUCGCCAAGGAGCUCCACGUCAACCUCAACGACGAUUUGACCGACGACCACGCGUAAAUAAGAAAUCCUCGUAGAAAUAUAUAGUAUGUUUGCAUCAUCAA